GAUCAGGACUCGGGGACCAUUGACUCGGGUUUCAUAUCAUCAGCUAAUUUAAUUCUGAGUUCCACGGAUCUCAGCAGCGAAAAUUUAUCGUCUUACAUCGACGAAGGACAGGAAGCUGUGGACGCUCCGUUCUCAAAGAGCGAAACUGCCGUCAAAGAUCCUACUGCUGUUGAUAGUGGCCUUGAUCUUAGUAUCUGUGAGAGUUUGAGUAUGAAUUUGCAACAAGUGUCCCUUAAUCCUCUGCAAGGGAAAAAUCAGGCGCAAUCAGAGCCUGCGCUUCAGCCAAUUGGCAACAAAGAAGAUGAUAAUGUUAAGGAAAAAUCACUUCCCCUGGAAGUGGAAAAAUGGAGGAUAUUCUAUGGACAGAACAGCGAUGGUGAUACGCAAUUACACGUGGCUAUAAUUUACGGAUGCUUUGAAGAGGCUGCCUGGAAGCUAAUUGAAAUGGUGCCUCACCCUUGCCUUUUGGACAUCAAAAAUAUCCAUAGACAAAGUCCAUUACACUUGUCCGUGCUGACAAACCAAAUGAGGAUCACACGGCGUCUCAUACUCGGGGGUGCAAAUCCAAGUAUUCAAGACGGCGAAGGCAACACACCACUUCACUUAGCUUGCUCAACAGGAGAUUUAUCAUCAGCUUACGCGCUGACCGAGCCUCUCUCAAACUUUGAGCGUUCAUACCUAGGUCCUCACUGCCGUAUUCCCGCUUUACCACAAGAUUUAGAACAACGAAAUUUUAAAGGACAAAUGUGCAUCCACAUUGCCGCUAAAAAGGAUCACGUAGACAUUAUGCGAUUGUUAUUACGGCUGGGAGCCAAUCUUGAAGCAAGAGAAGGACUGGGAGGCAAAACAGCACUUCAUAUCGCCAUUGAGUCCAACUGCACGUCGGUCUUAAACUUUAUACUAGAAGAAUGCAGACCUUGUUUCGAGACUCGAAACUACGCUGGAAUGACCGCUUAUCAAUUAGCCGCGUGUAUUAAUCAGCAGCUGGCCAACAGACUGGUACAAUUCGGUGCCGAUCCCAAGUAUAAAGAUGAGUCUGACUCAGAUUUAAGUGAUGAAUCGGAAGAUGAUGAAGAGAUGUAUGUUACUGAACUUCCAAGGCAUAGACGUCAAGAUUAUGGACUCACUGUAUAA